AUGGAAUUAUCAUAUUUUAUCUAUAAAUAUAUUAAUUCAACAAGAAUUUGGUCAACAUCAUUUCUUAUAUCAGGAAGUUUAAUAAGUUUAUCAUUUUUCAUAAAAAAUGAAGUAAAUUUGGGUAAUGGAUUCAAUAUUUUUAGAUUUUGUUUAAGUUUUUUAGUAUUAUAUUUUUUAAAUAAUAUUUCAAAUUUAGUAAAUACCUAUUAUGAUUUUAUAAAUGGAUUGGAUAAAAAAGAAACGUCAGCUGAUAGAACAUUAUUUCAAAAUUCAAUUAAAAUAACACUAAAUGAUAUAGAAUUUUUUAUUAAAAUUACCUAUUUGGGUGUUUUAAUUUCAUUGAUUACUUUAUUAGUUAAUUGUAAUUUACAAUUCAAUGAAACCAUUUACCAUGUUUUACCAAUUACAAUUACUAUAUCAUUUAUAUCACAUUUCUAUACAGCUCCACCAAUAUCAUUUAAAUAUAGAGCAUUGGGCGAAAUUAGUGCAUCUUUCAAUUUGUUUUCAAUUGUUCCAUUUCCAAUUUAUUUUCAAAAUAUACAAUUAUUUAAAGAUUAUUUUAAUGAAAUUUUUAAUUAUUCAAUGAUCUUAACUAUCUCUUGUUGCACCAUUAUCUUUUCCAAUAAUAUUAGAGAUUUAAAAAAUGAUAAAAUAUCAAAUAUAAUUACAAUUCCAAUAAUAAUAGGUGAAAAUUUAUCAUAUUCAAUUUAUUUUUCAAUUUAUUUUUUGAUUUAUUUUUAUUUAUUUAUAUUAUCAAUUAUUUAUAAUAAUAUUUAUUUAAAUUUACCAACUAUAAUCACAAUUACCUCUUUAUAUAAUAUUUUUAAGGAUACAAAAAAUGGAAAUUAUAAACAUUGGGACUUAAAAACUGCAAAAUUAAGUUUUAUUUUAUGUGUAUCUUUAUCAAUUGGAAUUUUUUGUAAAUAA